AUGUUGCUAAAUUUGCAGCCCCAUAGCGUGAUUGCCGUGGGCGUUGUACUUCCAACAAUUGCAUCAGCUGCCGUAGCGCUAAGAUUUUUCACUCGAUGCAAACUUGGGAUUCCACUGAGAGAAGACGACUGGAUAAUUUUUGUCUCUACUAUCCUAGUAUGGGGACUAGGAAUCACUAAUAUUGCCGGCACUGCGCUUGGGUCCUUAGGGGCUCAUUCGAAUCCAGCUGGUCCUAAUGCGCCACAUCACAACACAAUCUCUCGAGGUCGGGCAGAUGAUAUUGCAGAGAAGAUUGUCCUUGGCUAUAGCAUUAUCGAGAAGAUUACAUUUGGUGUCAUCAAAAUAAGCGUGCUCCUAGCAUAUCGAAGGAUAUUUCGGGGCAAAAUCUUCAAUAUCGUGUCUUUAGGCAUGAUCAUUGUUUGUACAAUGCUUGCGCUUGCAUUUCUUGUCACAUCUGCUUUUCAAUGCAAUGUACGAAAUUGGAGUCUGCAAUACCAGACAUGGUCACAUCGACGCCACUGCAUCCAGGCGGAGAUAUCUUGGUCUGGUUAUGCUAUCGCAGACGUUAUCACGGAUUUCACCCUGCUUCUUUUCCCAGUACCACUGGUUUGGCAGCUGCAGCUUACACUGUCUAAGAAAAUUAGUGUUCUAUUGGUUUUUCUUCUUGGAUCAUUGUCAACUGCAGUUGCAAUUGUGAGGAUGGUGGUGAUCUUGUUUUUCACUUAUGGCACUUCUGAUGGAUAUAGAGAUCUGUUGGAUACAAUGUCCACAGCCCUAGUUUGGAGCUUGGUUGAGGCAUCAGUGGCAAUAGUUGCCUCGUGUCUGCCUUCUAUACGCCCACUAAUUCAUCGAUCAUCUACCAGUAUCGGCUUAAGCAAGCCGUCGUCAUCCAGUCGGCCCAUAUCAAAUCCAACAGGUUUGCGAUUGGCAGUACAGCCUACAUUAUAUGAGCUCGAAAACAUCAAUAUUUGGCGAGAAUUGUCGGAGGAACUUGAAGAAAAUGAAAAAUAA